AUGGCCACCGAAUCACCAGAACGACGCAUUGUCGUUCUCAUCUCGGGCUCAGGCACCAACCUCCAAGCGCUCAUUGACGCCCAAAAUACGCCCGCCCUCCCAAACACCCGCAUCGUCCUCGUCCUCUCCAACCGCAAAGCCGCCGGAGGCCUUGCGCGCGCGGCAUCCGCCUCCCCACCUAUCCCUACCGCCCAUCUCGCGCUCCAGCCCUACCUCAAAGCUCACCCGGACCACUCCCGCGCGGACUACGACGCGGAGGUCGCACGCAUCGUGCUGCGUGCGCAGCCGGACGCGGUCGUGCUCGCGGGGUGGAUGCACAUCAUGGGCGACGGGUUCCUCGACGCGCUGAGCGGCGCGCGGGCGCUCGACGGCGCGCCGCGCGUGGACCCCGCGCGCGCGAUCGCGGUGAUCAACCUGCACCCGGCGCUGCCCGGGGCGUUCGACGGCGCGCACGCGAUCGAGCGCGCGUACGAGGCGUUCCGGAGGGGCGAGGUCGCGGCGUCGGGGGCUAUGGUGCAUCGGGUGGUGCGCGCGGUCGAUCGGGGCGCGCCGGUGGUCGUGCGCGAGGUGCCGUUUGAGGAGGGGGAGACGAUGGAGGCGUUCGAGGCGCGGCUGCAUCGCGUCGAGUGGGAGAUCAUCGUCGAGGGCACGCGGAAGGUUCUGGACGAGGUGAAGCCGGUGACUUGA